AUGCGGCCCAGGGCUGCGGUGACGUCAAGAAUCAUCGGCAUCUCGCCGCCCGUCCCGCUUGUCCUGCGAGUCACCUGCGUCCUUGCCCUACUGGUGCACGCCACCACGUGGAUACCGACCGCCGACGCCGUGAUCUGCAGAGACUCGUACAAAUGCAAUUGUAAGGGAAUAAAAGGGCAACCAGGAUUUCCUGGGAUACCUGGACCUCAAGGAACGGAAGGACUUCCAGGUGAUAUCGGACCCGACGGACCUCCCGGACCCAAAGGCGAAAAAGGAGCAGCAGGAGAAUAUGGAGCCACCGGAGAAAAGGGCUACCGAAAAAAGAACGAGAAGGAGGAAAGAAACGCCGUGGCGUCACCGACCAGAAACAGAACUCUUCCAAAUGCGGAGGAAGAGGGAAGAUCGCAAACACGAGAGAGGAAUUACGAGCGGACGAACACCCACGAUGCCGCCUGCACUACCAAGGUGCUGUUACACAAAGCUUGCGAAUCCGUUGUUUCGCAGUUUGUCAAUCAGCAUCGAUGCGCGACACCGUGCAAUAUGAUAUGA